UGUCCCCCUCCCCCUCACAGCCCAGAAAAAAGACACCCGGAACAGAGGGAAUGUACCAUACAGUGGGAUCUAAGAAGUGAGUGUAUGUGUUCGGUGUCCUCCUCUGUCAGAGUCGGGGCUCUGAUAAUUGCUGGCAUUGCUGUCGUGGUGUGUAUGUCUCCUCUUCUGCUGAGGCUUGUAGGAUUGCGAGCAUUCUCAAUGGCCACCGAGGCCUACGUGUCGGGAUCCCUCUCCGCCGCCUAUGUCACUUGUCCUAAUGACAAAGUGGCCAAAGACAUCGCCAGGGGUCUGGUGGAGAAGAAGCUGGCGGCCUGUGUGAACAUUAUACCGCAGAUCACCUCCAUAUAUGAAUGGAAGGGGAAGAUCGAGGAAGACAGUGAGGUAUUGCUGAUGAUUAAGACCAGGUCAUCCAGAGUUCCAGCUCUAACGGAAUAUGUCAGGUCUGUCCAUCCGUACGAAGUGUGUGAGGUGAUCAGCGUCCCCAUAGACCAGGGGCAACCCUCCGUACCUCUCAUGGGUUGAAGAUACUGUGCCAAAAUAA